AUGGACGCCAUUGUCGAGGAUCGAGAUAGUCUUUUCAGCCAAGUUUUUACUCAUCUCGCCGCUGUUGAAUCCCAACCGGGAUCUGUCCUAUUGGGUGAAGAACUCCUGAAACGAGCAGAACGAUGUCUUGACGUUUUAACACCAAAUGACACCCUAUGGCAACUUUUAGGGACGGGAGAGAGACUUCUCCAAACUCUCCAGCAAGAUCCCCGUCCGCUCACCCGGUUAUUGGAGCGCGUUGUGUCCUUAAUCCCUUUUGAUGAAUUGAAGACCACCAUCUCCGCCGAGACCCUUGAGGAAGGUCUGAAUUCUCCUUCGGUGGCAGUUCAACUUCUGUGUCUGUCAUAUCUCCGCAAAGCCGCAGACUCGCCUAGCGGUGCCUCAUUCGUCGCCGCAAGCUCCAGCCUUGUUCAAUGUCUGUUCACAAUUUGGCUGUCGUCGGAAAGCACCGAGAUUGCAGAACGCGCCUUGGAAGUCAUCGAAGCUCUGCAUGCCGUGGACUGUCAAACUAGUGUCACCAUGCUGGCUGCGGGUAAUGACUUAGGUGAAGCACAAGGUCAGGGUCUCCUCUGGCGGAGAGUAUUCAACGAUCCUGACGUCUACUCCAUUCUCUUCGACUGGACUUCGUUGUUCAAAUCUAAACGAGAUAUCAAGACCAAGAAGGGCAAGCAGCUCGUGACGAUAUCUCAAGCGAGAUUGUUUGACUUCAUUGCAAGACUAGCCCAUUUCGACUGGGCCGCGAUCACAACAUCCAGCCUGCCUGCUAUCGAAACACAGUACAUACAAAAUAUCGAUAACAACCAGCCGUACGGUGGGAUACUCCGCUACGCAGCCUCUCAUAUGAUCGAGGCUGACGACAUUCUGAUGGAGGUGCUCCGACAAGACUUCUUCGUGAAGCUGCUUGGAGUGGUAGAAGAGAGUAACAGCCGACAUGUCUCUCCUCGAUUAUUGGAAGCUAUCCAGCAGGGUGCCGGGGUUGAUACGACCAAGGACACAGAUGUUGGCAUGCACCUUUAA